CAAAUCUUCCUUGCAUACACAGCUCUUGCACCGCUGCUUGCAACAUCUAUUGCUAGAGCUGAGCCAGCUUCAUACUAUGGCUCGACAGCUCUGCUGUACAAGACCAGAGAUAUAGCCCACACGAUCAUUUUUCCCUCCACCAUGGCAUCCUCCGGAUCUCCCUCGUCCGGUCUACCGCCCUCAAUGGGUCCCGGUGCUCGACCUACGCAGCCAGGUCAGUCUCCUGGAAUGGGGCUUGCCGAGAUCAUGCAGAUUCGGAGCAAGUACUCUGUCACCGUCGAGCCAGAAACCCUCGAAUUAGGCUACGAGCUUAAUGGCAAUCCGCGCAGCUACCGACUCGCAUUCGAAUCCAUGCCUCUGGGAGGUCUCUCAAGAUGGUGGCUCUUUGGUGGACCUCGGAGAGCCCAAGUAGCAGGAAUACAAAUCAUUGAUUUCAUCCGCGGCAGUGAAAACUUAGCUGACAGACCCGUCACCCAGAGUGAAGCUGAGGCACUUGCAUACUACGCGACGAAAAGAACCAGGUACUCCUUGUACGGCAAUUUGGCCGGCUGUUUGGUCGGAGGAACCAUAGCAUGGAGAACUCGCGACAAGAUGAAGUUCCCCUUUCGUGCUGCACAACCCAUGGAGAAAUACCAGAACUUCCCCAGCAAACAUCUGCCAAUGCUCAAAGGAAAGUUGGCAGAAAGGAUGUGGCAAAUCACGCGGACCAACGUCUGGGCUGCCCUGACAUUGCUCGUCAUCGCCCCACUCUUCUCUACUGCGGGCAAUACGACUGCUAUAUAUGGGAUGUAUAAGGAUGAUCGGACGAGAGACCUCAUGAUGAAUAUGAAAGGCAGUCUAGACCGCAUAGGUGCAAACCGGCAUAGGACUCCUGAACAAAGGCGCACAGAAACAGGGUCUCAGGGCCAGACUCAGACUCAGCCUCAGGGCCAGGCGGGCGGUCAAUAUGGCGCGCAAGAUUCGCAAGCAUACUACAGAGAUUCUGAACGGACCGACUAUUCUAGUGGUAACGACUUCAGCGGGGAUAGCGCCUUUACAGACGGUCGGGCGGACACUGGAGUAAUAAGCGACUCCUCCAUGCAGUCCCGCGAAUUGAGACAGGCGUCUUCUGGCUAUGGAGGCUCCCCUCCACCAACAUCAAGAAACCAGUCCUCGUACUGUCAAUCCCGAGACGAUUCAUUCUACGGCUCGAGCUCGGGCUCCAACAGCAAUUCCGGAUCCUUCUUCGACGACGAUGACGCCUCCCCUACCGCAGGCAAUGGCCCCGACAUGCCGCCAUCCCAAUCCUACCCCCGCCCUGGCUCAUGGGCCCGCAUCCGGAGCGAGAACCAGGCCUCCCCGAACUACAGCUCUGCUAUCCCAGCCAGGGGCCAGCGGCCGCUGAGUGAACGCUUUCAAACCCCUGUCCAAUCCUCUUGGGACAACGCCAGCCCCGUGUCCAACCCCUCCCGCGAACAGAGCACGACCAAUCAAGGCGACUCCUUUAGUUUCAGCAACACCGACGCAGACAGACAACUCGCCCGAGAACAGGCACAGAAAGAAUUCGACACGAUGCUGGACAAGGAGCGGCGGGCGAGUGGGAGCGACGAGUACGAUCGUGGGAUGAGGGCCGUGGAGAGGGGAGAGGAAAGUGCCGCAAAUUCAGGCAUGGGGGCCUGGGAGAGAAGGAGGAGCGGGUAAAUUUCAUUACCUGCAAGCCAUGGCUUAUUCCGAUGACCUCUGCGUCGAAACUGUGGCGAAGGAUCAAGGACCUGGGCAAAUGUCAUCGUGUGCUGUAUGCGUCGGGCACAUGUCAGCACGGAGCCAUCAUGAGCGCAUGUCUACAGCUGCAUUUCAGGCCUGCCUUAUCAGCCCUACCACCCGCGAAUCAGGAUUGGAAGUUAUGUAAGCGAUCUUGACGAGGAACAUUAUUUCGUACUGAUGCGUCUCACUGCCGCUGCAUGAGUCAGCGAGUUUCACCGCAUGGUCAGGCACCAUUUCUGCCCUACAAGCCGUAGGGUGGACGGUGAAGAAGUGCCCUUGUUUGGUGGAGAAAUUUUCGGGCCACCGCGUUCGGCCUACAGGCCGGAAAUCAAAUGGGGAGAUUCACCUCAAUUGUAGCAAUGACAAAAUCCAAAACUAAAA